AGUAGCUUUAUUUAUUUAUUCUUUGCCCUUAUUCUUCUUUUUCCCGUCCCCGUUUGGAAUUUCCCUCUGGAAAACAGUUAAACCAGUAAUCAAUUGCGUAGCCCAAAAUAGCCAUAGAGAGAUGGAAUAUUUACUCCCGACAUUGAGGAAGAAGCAAGAAGUGGAUGCCAUAAUCAGAGACACCAUUGACAAAGUACUUGUCCUCCGGUUCGGGCGCUCCUCCGACGCCGUUUGCUUGCAGCUCGACGACAUCUUAUAUAAGUCGGCAAGAGAUGUGUCGAAAUUCGCGACUGUGGCGUUAGUGGACAUAGAUUCGGAUGAGAUUCAGAUUUAUUUAAAGUAUUUUGACAUAACGCUGAUUCCAUCUGUAGUUUUCUUCUUCAAUGCUCACCACAUGAAGAUGGAUUCUGGGAGUGCAGACCACACUAAGUGGGUAGGUAAAUUUCAGAGAAAACAAGACUUUGUAGAUGUUGUGGAGGCAAUAUACAGAGGCGCGAUGAAGGGCAAACUCAUAGUAAGUUGUCCUCUGCCUCCUGAGCGAAUACCAAAGUUUGAGCUGCUGUAUAAAGAUGUGUAGAGGCUUCCUAUUAGGUUGACUUUUCCUUGUCAAACAGGGCCAAUUGACAGGCCCUGUUGACAGGGCCGGGCCCUUGAUUUGAAUCCGGCGGACCCCAUGUGAUGCAAGAUCGAGGGCCUAGUUGCUGCCACCUUAGGGCAGCACCUCGACAGGGCCUGUCAAUUGGCCCUGUCUAUAUAGCAGGUCUCAAUUAGGUUUUCUAGAGUUUAUAGUUUCAUAUAACAAAACUGCUGCGUUGUUUGAGUCUUUCAUUGAAAUUUCUGAAUUUUAG